AUGACCCAGUUUACGGGCGAAGGGUUAAAGGCCUGUUUCAAAAAAAUCGACGACAAUUUGAAAGAUCUGCGAGAGCUCGUGGUGAACGAUGAGCCGCACCUCCUGAGGCGAAUCUAUCACGAGCAUAGAAAUCCAUUCCUACUAAUGGAGCUCAAGGCUUUAAAGAAGCAGCAUCUGGCGGUCAGCGACGCAGUACAAAUGCUAAACAUGAUUUUCAGUUUGCAGCUUCUGGCUACUAUAAUUAUGACUUUUGCCGAGCUCACCUUCCAACUGUACUUCUUCAUUAUGCAUUGGAAAAUUGGCAUGUUAAUGAGUAAUCUGAGUGACUCGCUUUAUGAUGUGUAUUUGAUGGUGUCUAUGACAUAUUAUUCUAUAAAAAUAAUGUUGAUCGUAUGGGCCUGUGAGACCGGUAAAGACCAGGCCAUGAAGAUCAGCAUCACCGUUCAUGAUCUGCUGAACAAUACUUCAGAUGACCAAAUCAGAGACGAAUUGCAGAUGUUUUCCUUGCAAGUACUGCACCGCGAAAAUGCAUUCUCCGCAAAAGGUCUCAUUGUGGAUGCUACUCUUCUCACCGCAAUAGUGGGUAACAUAACUACAUAUCUGCUGAUCUUAAUACAAUUCUUAAUUACCUCACAUACUUGCAAUGGAAAAAUAGUAGAUAAUGGCACACAAAUAAUUUAA